ACAAAUAAUUUGAGUUCAACAUGGUUAGUGCUACUGGUGCCCCCUCUAUGGUUGAGGUUGUUUCUCGAUUGGUAGGGGAAUAUACAUCUAAAACGCCUCAGAAACUCAAACUUAUUGAUGCUUACCUGGGGUACAUCUUGUUCACAGGAAUAUUCCAGUUUGCGUAUUGCUGCCUAGUCGGAACUUUCCCAUUCAACUCCUUCCUCUCAGGAUUCAUCAGCGCUGUAGCUAGCUUCAUUUUGGGAGUGUGUCUACGAAUACAGACAAAUCCUCAGAACGUUGCUGUCUUCAAAGACAUCUCUGUGGAGCGCGCCUUUGCAGACUUCAUAUUCGCACACUGUGUCCUCCAUUUAGUUGUACUCAACUUCAUUGGUUAAUAAACUGUACCAAUUGGCUGGUUAAGUACAAUGAAUAUUAGAUAUGUGAUAUGUUUAGUGUCUGGAAUUCCAUAAACCUUUAAAAUACUUGAGAAAUUACGUACCAAUUGAAUGCUAUUGAAAUAUUUUUUGACUGUAUAACUUAUAUUUUCAUGAAUGAUCUCUAAACUAUAUUAA